CCAACUAGAGUAACGACAGGACUUCGGCAAGGGAAUAGAUCAGAAUUGGAAUGCUAGCAUAUGCGGAUGAUAUCGCUCUCCUUGGUGAAGAUUUAGAUAUGAUAAAGAGAUUGGGAAGUAAUCUAACAAAUACGGCAAAAAAAGUGGGCCUAACCGUUAAUGAGGAAAAAACAGAGUAUCUUGUGGCUAGCCGAAGAAAUAGAAAUGGCGGUCCGGAACAAUAUAUCAAAAUUGAAGAAUUCAAGUUCAAGAACCAAGAUUAAUGAUAUUCGAGAGAAAAGUUCUACGGACAAUUUUUGGCCUCAUAUACGAUAUUAUAUACGGUAAGUAUUUGAACUUAAUAGCCAUCUUGAUGUUUAAUUUGUAAACGAACUGUGAUUGGUCCCCCUCUCAAAUUGAUUAAAUUAUUAUCUUGAUAUCUCAGUACUAUAUUUACUUUACUUAUAGACGAAGAAUUGAGCCGGUAGAAAACUAAAUGUUUAGGAACUUCGAUGAUUUUAUGUCCAGGUUGUGAAGAUGGGAAAAACUCAUGUAUCGUCUGGCUCGGUAUACCAUUCAACAUCAUGACUACACGUCAUUGAACAUUUCAAUGUGCUACCGUUGGCUUUGAGUUGAAACAAUGUAACAUGAUUCGGUAACAGUUUUUGAAUCGUUGAUUCCAAAUUAAUUAUUUCGUACGAUCCCGUAGGUAUAAUCACAGUUUUACAUUUCUCAAGCGAAUCUCGAAAUCCUAUUGUAUUACAAUCUGGUUCUACGUUUGGUAUAGAAUUAUUUGCAUAGAGUAAUAUAGAUAUCAGUAGAAUCAAGUUGAAACCAUCGAGGAGGCAGUUUACAAUAAUCUUAUCGUGUAGAUCGCGCUGCAAAUCAUUACAAUUUUUGUAAAAUAUGUAAAUUGAUAAUAUGAUAUUGUAAUUAUCAUAGAGCCAAUUCUAACUUUUUCAUUUUUUGUUUUUCGAUUUUUAAUUUAUAUAUAUUAUAUUAUCUUCAGCCAAAAUGCCUAGUUGUUUUGUUUGUGGCAGAACAAGGAAUAAAAAUUCCACAAUUGAAGAUAUUACUUUUCAUAAGUUUCCUGUUAAUGAAAAAGUUAGAGACAAAUGGAAGAAUUUUGUUUUGGAAAAUAAAUUAAAUAUACAUAGUAUAAAUAAAUAUUCUGUUGUUUGUUCAAAACAUUUUCUUGAGACAUGUUUUGUGAUGUGGAAUAAUAAAAGAUUCUUAGUAGGAAAUGCAGUACCAUCAAAAAUAAUUUUAAGGGUCAAAAGUGCUAGAAAUUUGUAUUCCGAAGAAGUCAAACUACUAAAUCAGCCAAUUGUGUGUUCUGAUAAUGAACCAAAAAGUAGUUUUAAAGUAACACAGACCCUGAUAAAGGAAACAGAAGGAGCCCAUUUGGCCAACAAGUUGAGAAAACAACAUAUUCAUUAUCAUAAGCAAAAAAUGAAAGUUAAGCUGGCUACACAGUUAAUCAGUCAGUCAGUAGCUGAUGCUCUUAAAUUCUUAAAAAAUAACUUGUGUCUUCCUGAUUUUUUGCAAGCUGGUGCAACAAUAAAAUUCAUUGAAAUGUUCAAUGCUGGGUUUGAUAUCCUGAACUCUAGGUCAGCAAAUUGUAUAGGGAAAAAAAAGCUAUGUGUGAAGAAAACUAUAAAGAAAUAUUAG